AUGAACACCAAUCAAACCACAAAUGAAAUUAAAGAAGAGCUCCAACGUGAAGCCGAAAAAGAUAUAAAUAUUAAAAUUUAUUAUGAAAUUCAUACAACGGUUAAUUUUUUGGAAACCACAAUAACAAAUGAUCAUGAUCAAUUAAAAACAUCCCUUUAUCAUAAGCCAACUGCUGAACCUUAUAUAUUGCCAUAUACAUCCGACCAUCCACGACACAUUUAUCAUAAUAUACCAUAUGCUGCCUUGUUAUGUGCUGCUCGUAUUUGUUCUGAUGCACAUGACUUCAACAGAGAAUGUAUUCGUAUUGAUAUCUCAUUGUUACUAAAUAAUUAUCCGUCAAAUUUUAUCGCAAAAUAA